AUGCUGGCCGAACCUGUGCUCAAACAUCUCACACUCCAUCGAGUGCUGGGCGAUCUGACGGCCGUUCUGGCCGUGCUGACCGUCGCCUACGUUCUUUACAACCGCUUCGUCCACCCACUCCGCCGCAUCCCAGGACCACUCCUAGCAUCCCUCACCCCCUGGGUCCAGCUCUACCACGGUCUCAAAGGCGAUCGACACCUUUGGCUCGACGAGUGUCACCAGAAAUACGGGACACAUGUACGUGUCGCACCGAAUUUUGUCUCGGUGAAUACCGACCGCGGACUGCACGAUAUCUACGGCCAUGGAAAGCGUCUGCAGAAGGCUGAUUUCUACAAUGCAUUCCCGGCCAUCAAGGGCGUCUACAACACACACAAUGCCAUCGAUAAGACCAUGCACGGCCGGAAACGAAGAGUCCUGAGCCAGGCCUUCUCCGACGCGGCCCUAAAGGGUAUGGAAGAUGUCAUGCUGUUGCAUGUGCGGCAGCUCUGCGCGGUGCUGGCGGGAUCUGGAUUUGAUGGGGCUAGUAAUGGGUACGAGGCCCAGGAUCGAAAGGGUCUGGUGCGCAAUAUGGGCAAUUGGUUCAGUUACCUGUCAUACGAUGUCAUGGGCGAGUUGUGUUUUGGAAAGAGCUUCGAUAUGCUGAUCACUGAUGGCCGUCGACACAUGAUCGGGCUGGUUGAUCGUGCGGCCAACCGUCAUUAUGUGUGCGGACUGUGGAUGCCUCUCGACCGCUGGCACCUCGAUCAAAUCUUCAUUCGUCGCCUCACGCAAGAUCGCUGGAACUUCAUCAUGAACUCACGCGUGGAAGCAAACAAACGCGCACAGGAGCGAGCCUCCGCCGGACGUGAAGCAAAGAAAGACUUCUUCUACUAUCUCCUCAACGCCAAGGAUCCCGAAACAGGCAAAGGACUCAGCACCCCUGAACUCUGGGGCGAAGCCAACGUCCUCAUGAUCGCGGGCAGCGAUACCACCUCGACCACCCUCGCCGCCACCCUCUUCUACCUUGUCCGAUCCCCCUCCGCCCUCGCUAAACUCACUGCCGAAGUCCGCAACGCCUUCACAGAAGUCGAAGAGAUUGUCAGCGGUUCCAGUCUUAACGAACUCGUCUACCUUAAAGCCUGCAUCGACGAGGCCCUUCGUCUCGCGCCCGCCGUCCCAGGCGCACCACCACGUGAAGUGAUGGAAGGCGGCGCCGUAGUCGACGGCGUUUUCCUCCCCGCCGGUACAGACUGCGGUACACCAACCUACUCAAUCCACCGACAAGAAAAAUACUACCGCGAAGCACAGCAGUACAUCCCAGAACGCUGGAUCGAAGGUGCCGUCUGCACAUCCUCUGGUCAAAGCUGGGAAACCAGCAAAGAAGAUAUCGAGACAGCCCGCCGGGCAUUCUGUCCAUUCAGUAUUGGACCGCGUGGAUGUAUCGGGAAGAGCAUGGCAUUUAUGGAGAUGCGACUGACGCUAGCGCGACUCGUCUUCCUGUUUGAUAUGAGUUUGGCGGAUCGGCAGGGUGAGGAUGCGAAGGGGCAUUUGGCGCUGGUGGAUCAUUUUACGAGUGCGAAGGAUGGACCGAAUGUCGAGUUUCAAAAGUUUGUGCCGGUGAAAUGA